CGAUUAAUCCAUAUUCAUUACAACUGUCAUCAUCUCCUAUUGAUAUUACAUCACCAAGUUUAUCUACUCAACCACAAACAAUUCCUAGUGCAGGAAUAACACCAAUAUUAAAACAUGUACCUGAAGAACUAUCAAUUUUAAACGAAUCACCUAAUCAUCAAUUCAUCAAUUAUACACAAAUUUCGCCAACAUCUACCAGACCACCACCACAAAAACGUAAAUCAAAAG